AUGAAGAAGAGAAAACGUUCUAGCAAAAAUAAAACUCUAACCCAAGAAGAAAUAUGGGAUGAUUCGGCGCUUCUUGAAUCCUGGGAAGAAGCUGCAGAGGAAUACAAGCUCUAUCAUAGUAUCCGAGCCAAGGGGCAGAGAGUUGAGGAUGUAUUGCGAGAGGCAGAAGAGUCAAACGGCAAUGAAGACGAUAUGCAAAUAGAGACUGGCCCUGAGCCAGAGGAGGCCCGGGGAGAGGAGAUGGUAGCGAAUGCAUCCAGAAAUGUCAUUGUUGAAGAUUCCGAUGAAAAUAUAAAGCACACGGACACCUGCACAACGACUCAAACCGAGGAUGGAACGGCUCCAGAAGUAGCCAUGGCAACAGACCAGACAUAUUCCGAAGCCCCGGCAAGUGGAAGUUUUGCAGGUAUGCCUCAAAUGGUUCUGAACGGAGCUCCUAAUCCCCCAAGCAUUCAGGAUGAGGGAUUAAAGAACCUCAUGAUGUCGUGGUAUUUUGCGGGCUACUACACUGGACUAUACGAAGGUCAACAACGCGCUGUGUCGAAACAGUAA